GUUGCCGUUUAGACAUUAUUACACUUACCUCGAAAAGACAUACCUCUCCCUGGUUUCUUCCUUCCUGUCCUUCAUCGGACUUUAGCCUAGCACUACUCUAAGGUACUAGUAGGGCAAGUCCUUUUGUACCGGCACUGUAUACUUUGUCAUCUCGGCAUGCAAAACUCUCCUCAAGACUGUAGCAUGGAGAGAGCAAACACAUCCUUAGCGAGAACCAAAUCAGAACAAUUGGCUGAGACAGUGGAGGCAGCGUUUAAAUCUCCCAUGAACAACGAUGGGGUUUCCGAAGGCGGCAGCGGCGGGACACUCUCAGGUAAGUCCAGCAAGAGGCUAACGACGGCAGCCUCACCGGGACGAACCACUUCGGGUGGUAACAAAAAUACACACAUUAGGAAGUCAAGGAGUGCACAGAUGAAGUUUGAAUUGGAUGACGUCAACAGUGGAUCAGCUCUAAGCCGGGCCUCUAGUGCCAGCCUGGGCUUCUCUUUCUCCUUCACUGGUUUCAACAUGCCACCUGAUGAAAUAGCAGACUCCAUGCCGUUUAGUGAUGAUGAUAUACCGGAGGAUCUUGAAGCCGGAAUGCGUAAGCAGAAAUUUCAAACUGAACCCUCCUUGCCAAUUUACCUGAAGUUCAGAGAUGUUACAUACAAGGUGAUCAUCAAAGGAAUGACCUCAACCGAGGAAAAGGAUAUCUUGAAUGGGAUCAGUGGUUCGGUGGAUCCAGGGGAAGUUUUGGCUCUUAUGGGACCUUCAGGAAGUGGAAAAACAACACUUCUGAAUCUGCUUGGCGGCAGGUUAAAUCAGCCCACUGUCGGUGGUGCAAUCACUUACAAUGACGGACCACACUCCAAGUUCUUAAAAAGUAGGAUAGGAUUCGUGACACAAGACGACAUUCUGUUUCCUCACCUUACAGUGAAAGAAACAUUGACAUAUGCAGCCCUCCUUCGAUUGCCAAAGACAUUGUCAAAACAACAGAAGCAAAAACGAGCCAUGGACGUCAUCUAUGAGCUAGGCUUAGAGAGGUGCCAAGACACCGUGAUUGGUGGCUCAUUUGUGCGUGGAGUGUCAGGCGGGGAGAGGAAAAGAGUUUGCAUUGGCAAUGAGAUUAUAAUCAACCCUUCAAUCUUGUUUCUUGAUGAACCAACCUCGGGCUUGGAUUCUACAACUGCUUUAAAGACAGUGCAGCUGUUACAAGAUAUGGCAGAGGGUGGGAAAACAGUGGUGACAACUAUCCACCAGCCAUCUAGUAGACUCUUUCACAAAUUUGACAAGUUGAUUCUUCUUGGGAAAGGGAGUUUGCUUUAUUUUGGAAAAUCAUCAGAAGCAAUGCGGUACUUCUCAUCUAUAGGUUGCAACCCGCUUAUUGCCAUGAACCCUGCAGAGUUCUUGCUAGACCUUGCAAAUGGCAAUAUAAAUGAUGUUUCUGUCCCAUCUGAAUUGGAGGAUAAAGUGCAAAUAGGGAAUUCAGAUGCAGGAAAAAGAAACGGGAAGCCUUCUCCUGCAGUUGUUCAUGAGUACCUCGUGGAGGCCUAUGAGACACGAGUUGCGGUCAAAGAGAAGAAGAAACUAAUGGUUCCUAUACCCCUUGAUGAAGAAGUGAAGGCAAAAGUGUCUUCUCUGAAACGACAAUGGGGGGCAAGCUGGUGGCAACAAUAUACCAUUUUGUUCUGCAGGGGAAUCAAAGAAAGGCGGCACGACUAUUUUAGCUGGUUGAGAAUCACCCAAGUUCUCUCUACUGCAAUUAUCUUGGGAUUACUAUGGUGGAAUUCAGAUACUAAUAGCCUCAAAGGUCUUCAAGAUCAGGCAGGGCUGCUGUUCUUCAUUGCGGUUUUCUGGGGAUUUUUUCCUGUAUUCACAGCAAUCUUCACAUUUCCCCAAGAAAGAGCCAUGUUGAGUAAAGAACGGGCAGCUGACAUGUACAGACUAAGUGCAUAUUUCUUGGCAAGGACUACAAGCGACCUUCCACUUGAUCUAGUACUACCAGUACUUUUCCUUCUCGUCGUCUACUUCAUGGCAGGCUUGCGAAUGAGUGCUGCUCCAUUUUUCCUAACCAUGCUCACGGUUUUUCUCAGCAUUAUUGCUGCUCAGGGACUCGGACUAGCUAUUGGGGCUACCCUGAUGGACUUAAAGAGGGCCACAACUCUAGCUUCAGUUACUGUGAUGACCUUCAUGCUGGCUGGAGGGUAUUUUGUAAAGAGAGUUCCAGUAUUUGUAUCUUGGAUCCGCUAUAUGUCUUUCAACUACCACACCUAUAAUCUUCUCCUCAAGGUUCAAUAUAAACACAUGACACCUGUUUUAAAUGGAAUGAGAAUAGACAGUGGCUUGACGGAAGUUAGUGCCCUGGUGGCAAUGGUUUUUGGCUACCGUCUCUUGGCUUACAUUUCCCUGCGGAGAAUGAAGCUUUGUGCGCAGUAAGCAAUAUUAUUCUGUGAGCAUUAUCGACAAUUAACUUCCACGUUUGACUUCAAAGAUCUAUUCCAUGAAAACUUGGGUUCCACGGAUCAGAGAAAGGGAUAUAAGCAAGAUAUCAUAUUUCAGCUCCAUGAAGAUUUUUGGAUGGCAAAAGCCUCAACGACGAUAUUUAUGCAGUAUCUUAGGCAUGUAAGUUGAUUUUUCCGCGAGGAGAAUUCCUAGAAAUGCAAUCACGUUAUAAGAAGCUCGCAUUCACAAGCUCGUACCUUUUAUAGUAAAAUGGAGUGAUGUAAUAAUAAUUGUCAGACAUACCUACCUAUGACUAAUGCAUAUCUAUUGGAAUUA